UCAGGGCCCCGCCCUGUUGCGGUCACGUGAGGCGCUGGUGCGUCACCUGACGCUCUUGACAGUCGGCUAAGGGCGCAGCGUCAGCUGAUCGCAGAGUCGCUUUGCGUGCGGGCCGGUUGGGGUUCCACUGUCCCACCGUCCCCGCCGCAGCCAUGUCGUUCUUCCCGGAGCUUUACUUCAACGUGGACAAUGGCUAUUUGGAGGGACUGGUGCGCGGCCUGAAGGCUGGGGUGCUCAGCCAGGCAGACUACCUCAACCUGGUGCAGUGCGAGACGCUCGAGGACUUGAAACUGCACCUGCAGAGCACUGACUACGGCAACUUCCUGGCCAACGAGGCUUCACCUCUGACAGUGUCAGUCAUUGAUGACCGUCUUAAGGAGAAGAUGGUGGUGGAGUUCCGCCACAUGAGGAACCACGCCUACGAGCCGCUCGCCAGCUUCCUGGACUUCAUUACUUACAGCUACAUGAUCGACAAUGUGAUCCUGCUCAUCACAGGCACGCUACACCAGCGCUCCAUUGCUGAACUUGUGCCCAAAUGCCACCCACUAGGCAGCUUUGAGCAGAUGGAGGCCGUGAACAUUGCUCAGACACCUGCCGAGCUCUACAAUGCCAUUUUGGUGGACACGCCCUUGGCGGCUUUUUUCCAGGAUUGCAUUUCAGAGCAGGACCUUGAUGAGAUGAACAUCGAGAUUAUCCGCAACACACUCUACAAGGCCUACCUGGAGUCCUUCUACAAGUUCUGCUCCCUACUGGGUGGGACCACAGCAGACGCCAUGUGCCCCAUCCUGGAGUUUGAAGCAGACCGCCGCGCCUUCAUCAUCACCAUCAACUCUUUCGGCACAGAACUUUCCAAGGAGGACCGUGCCAAGCUCUUUCCUCACUGCGGGCGGCUCUACCCUGAGGGCCUGGCUCAGCUGGCUCGGGCUGAUGACUAUGAGCAGGUCAAGAAUGUGGCUGAUUACUACCCGGAGUACAAGCUGCUCUUUGAGGGUGCAGGCAGCAACCCUGGAGACAAGACCCUAGAGGACCGAUUCUUUGAGCACGAGGUGAAGCUGAACAAGUUGGCCUUCCUGAACCAGUUCCACUUUGGUGUCUUCUAUGCCUUUGUGAAGCUCAAGGAACAGGAGUGUCGCAACAUCGUGUGGAUUGCUGAGUGUAUCGCCCAGCGCCACCGCGCCAAGAUCGACAACUACAUCCCUAUCUUCUAGCAUUCUGUCCCAAGGCUCCCAAGUGCACUGUGUGUGUCUGUGUGGUCUGUGAUGAAGCCCAUGGCUCACCUGCCUGCCCUAAGGGGUAGCACACUGUCCUAGUGACUGCCCAGCUUCCCUGGCCCUCUCUGAGACUGCUCUUAGGCCUGAAAAGGAGCUGGGCACCUGUUUCCCCCCACCAAGGAUGGACCAAGACCUUCUCCAGAGAAAGG